AUGGACCCUCCAUAUUUGCAUGUGACUGAGUCUGGAAUGGGACGAGAGAAUGGCGUUCAGUUCUGGACUAAAGUCCCUCUUACCUCUCAAAUCGUUGCUCAGGGACCGGUGGAUGAUUUCUCAAGAUGGUACUCUACUCAGGCUCUAAGGACUGCGCUUCCCCCGCUAGGAGUUACUGUCUCUCCACUUGUCCCUUGGCUCUUGUGGAAUCUUUGGAUUGCAAGAAAUAAGCUUGUUUUUGAAGGAAAGAUUUUUCAGGUGGAUGAUAUCAUCUCAAAAGCAUCUGCAGAAGCUAGAGCUUGGGAGAACGCGAAUGCAGGGAAAAAGCUGGCGCGGAAGAAGCUUAACCCAGUAAGAGUAUCAACCCCUCACCCUUUCUCUUGUUGGAUUGAUGGGGCUUGGCAGGAAUCUACAAGAGCAGGAAGCAUGGGUUGGAUCAUUAAAAAUGAAGAAGAUGCAGUCCUCUGUCGUGGUUCCUCAAAUAGGACACAUGUGGAAUCAGCACUUGUUGCAGAAGCACUAGCUUUGAGAGAUGCCCUUAAGCAAGCAAAUGAUCUGCAGCUUCAAAGUCUCCAUAUUUCCUCGGACUCACAGGUCCUUAUAUCUACCCUGCGUGAAGGGCGGGAUUUGAAUGAGAUUGCAGGUGUCCUUACUGACAUUAGGAACCUUGCCACUCUCUUCUGUCCAUUAUCUUUCUCUUUUGUACCUCGGUUAGAAAACAUUCAGGCAGACUCUUUGGCUAAGGCCAGCCUUGCUAGGUUGGCUUUGUAA